UCUCGAUAAUAACAGAAGUUUAAGCAUUUAAUUGAAAUAUUCAGAAAUGUUUUUAACAAUAAUUUUUUGCAUUAUAGCAUUUAUUAUACUGUUUUAUCUAUUUCUAAUAUCGAAUUUUAAUUAUUGGAAAAAAUUUGGCAUUGUCAGUCCCAAACCACUGCCAUUUGUUGGCAAUUAUCCCAGUGUUUUGACACAAAAACGUCAUAUAGCUUAUGAUAUACAAGAUAUUUAUGAAAAAUACAAACACACCGAAAAUUUUGUGGGCAUCUUCAGUUGUCGUAGUCCUCAAUUAUUGAUAACAAAUGGAGAACUAGUGAGACGUAUUUACAGUACAGAUUUUAAACAUUUCCAUGAUAAUGAAGCUUCACGUAUGGUGAGUACAAACCAUUUUUUUUGAAAUUCUAGUUAUCUUAAAGUA